AUGCUGAGCAUCUACACCUUGAUCACCAACUGGCUCCUGACUUUCGUCAUUCUCCUCGUUGUCGGUGGUAUGUACGGUAUCGGUAAACUCGAGGGUCGUGACAUCGAGAUUGGUACUUUCCGCGCCACUACUUCGCAGCUCUACACCGGUCUGGUCAUCGUCGCCGUACCCCUUGCCAUCUUCUCCAACCCCUUCGGCUCCGCUCUCUGGCUCAUCGGUGCCUCGGGCGUCAGCAUUAUUGGGGGAAGUGGUGAAGUGUGGAAAGACGAGUUCGAAUCUCGGCGAAGGAAAUUCUUGGACGUUGGCGACGAGAGCGAUAAUGGCUAUCAACGUGUCUAUCUUGAUCCUGCCGCUUUCAAAUCAAGGUCCGCUGAUAGACUGCCGCGAGAAGAGUUCACUGGAGACGACUUACUGUUCACUGGAUAUGACUUGGGGUCUGCGAGGGGAGAAAGAAGGGCGGAUGACACUGUGUACGAAAGAAGGCCGCAACAUCCACAGGAAGACGACUACUACCACGACAAUACGUUGACACGAUCGUCACGAGAGGAUAUACUGGUUCAGUCAGCCAGAGAGAAACUCAGGAGAGCACGUGUCAAAGGCAAGACGAAUGUCAGUCUGAGUGUUGAGGAGAUGGCCGCGUUAGAAAGGAGCAGCACUCAAUCCAGGGAUACAUCCGAGCCAAGUACACCGAGCAAGAACAAGACCAGAGGAAGUCGGUCUAGUAGUACCACAAGUCUGACCAACACUCGACCACGAAGAACAAGUAUCGGUCUCUUCGGCAGCACGUCACCAUCGCACUCUCGUUCACGAACGCCAAAGACCUCGAGGAAGCCAUCAAAUGAACAACAAUCAGUUGCUCGUGCAUCUGGCUCAACACCGCCAGCAUUCAUGAUCCGCGGUCCUGAUGGUAUGCCAAUGUACGCUCCUAGUGAUUACAAUCCUGCUCCGGUGUCGUCUAGAAGGCCAUCGGGGAACAGCACUCGCAAUGUCACUCCGCCAUACGAGGCAUACUCUGCUCGCGGUUAUGGUUCUGAGCUGCGAGCACAUCCUUCAUCUUCGGGUCGAGCUCUGUACGAUGAGAAUGCAUGGACUUCCUCCAGUCGACCAGUCGCAGGAGUAGCAUAUCCCGAUAUGCUUGGACCUUCUUCCUCACCUGGUGCACAAUCCUAUCAAGCUCCUGUCCCAUCGUCGGACGUGUCGUAUGCAAAGUUGAGGCGAGCACCGCAAGGGUCGCCGCUCUACAAUGUUGAAGCAGCUUUUGACAGAGGGCACAGGGAAGCUGAGAUGGGUCCAGGAGCACGACCAGCAAGCAGUGGAAGCAGUAGUGAUGAUUCUGGCGGACAAGGCGUGAGGAUCGAGGUCGAGCCAGGGUUUGGGCUUCGAAGAGUACCAGUCUCGAGCAAAAGUAGCGGCACAGUCAGGCGCAAGGGCAGAAGAUAG